GAACAUUAACUUGGUUUCAUCUCACAUUUUAAGCUAGGAGAAUGAAUUAACUCUUGUGAUGCUGAUUUCAUUAUGUCUGUAGAAUGCUUGUUUUUAUCCAACUAUAAUAGAAGAUUCCGAUACCACUCAUCUUGUGAUUCGCUAAUGUUGUGAGAAACUAUAGGCCAAAAUUGAAAAAGUGGCUAGAUUCAUGACACAUAUAGAGAUACAGCUUGCCAUCUUUAUGAUUACUUUGUCUGCAAUAGUGCUUAAUAUUGUUUUUGCCGGCAAAGAGAAUCUUGUUGAGUCCUACAUUGUUUAUCUGAAGAGGUCGACAUUGUAGAUUCCAAUGCUGUCUAUGACCAUUAGACCAUCAUAAAACGAGUGCUUAAUUCUGUGUUAAAUUGCUUUUCUUUCUAGUUCAUUAGUUGGCUAUGGCAACCAGCAAUGUAAAGCUUCUAGGAAGAAACGGAUGUCCUUUUGUGAAUCGGGUUCAAAUGGCUCUUAGCUUGAAGUCCAUCGACCAUGAAUUCAUUGAAGAGGAUCCGUUCAAGAAAAGUGAGCUUCUUCUCAAAUCAAACCCUGUUAGUAAGAAAGUCCCAGUUCUCUUCCAUGCUGAAAAGCCUAUCUGUGAGUCUCUCCUCAUCGUGCAAUACAUCAAUGAAGCUUGGCCUAAUAACCCCUCCAUCCUUCCUUCGGAUCCUUAUGAACGUUCCAUUGCCCGGUUUUGGGCAGCCUAUAUUGAUGAAAAAUGGCUUCCUUUAACAGCAGAGUAUAGGAAGGCUGAAGGAGAAGAAGCAAAGGCAGCGGCGAGAGACAAAUUGGUUGAAAGGACAUUGCUGCUAGAGGAAGCUUUCAUCAAUAGUAGCACAGGCAAAUCUUUCUUUGGUGGAGAUAACAUUGGUUACCUUGACAUUGUUCUUGGGAGUUUAUUGGGAUGGCUUAAAGCUGAAGAGAUUAUGACUUCCACAAAAAUAUUUGAUGAAACCAAGAUUCCUCAAUUAGUGGCAUGGACUGAAAGAUUUUUUGCAGACAUAGCAGUGAAGGAUUUCAUCCCAGAAUCUGAGAAACUUGCAGAAGGUUUCAAGAAGUUUGAGAUACUAAAAGCUGCCUCAAACACAAAUUAAGGGUACUUUAAAUGGAGUAGUAUGUGUAGAAACUUGAUCCUGCUUCUAUGCUAAGUUGCUCCGACAUGGCAGUUUAGGUGCCGCACCCGUGUCGACACGACACUAGUAUGGGUGUGGGUAUGGGAUCCGUACCGGAUCUGGUCAAACGAUUUUGGAUACUUUGACCACGACGGACGAAAAAAUUUGAGACGAUAUACAAUUUAAUUCCCGAAAUCAAAACCAAAAUUAGGAUAAAUUUGAAUAAAAUAGCAUACCUUAUCUAGGAGAAUAAAAAAGAAAUUCACACUUUACAAGCUAUACAUAAGUAUUCUCCAACAUUUAUCAUAAUUUAGAAAUAUUUUUUUAUAUUUUUAUUUUUUGAAUUAUUUUUAGCCGGAUCUUUGCACCCGUAUCCGCACUAGGAUCCGUAUCCACGAAUUUUAGAAUUUACAUCUCAAAGGAUCCGACCUCUAGAUCCGCAUCCAUGUCGGACAGCUACACCUAUGUCCGAGCAACUUAGCUUCUAUGAAUGUACUUGAAUAACACAGCCAAUUCAAAAGGCUUUACAAGAUCUAA